GCUCUAGCAAGUUACAGUCAUAGAAAUGCCUUCAUGAGCCCUUCUUUUACUGGCUUUCACUGUCCGGUGAAGACAAAAUACAGCUCACCUUCUGUUCGCCUCUGCUUCGCUGUGGGCGAGAUCCGCCUUGAUGCUCCUUACGGUCUCAACCAGCCUGGCCAGCGCUCUCACCUGCCUCACAUCGCGCUGCCUACGAUGUAG